AUGGACGGACGAGGCCCCUACGGCCUGGCCUGCAUGAACUGCUUCGUCGCCAAAUCCAAGUGCGUCGGUCGGCCGGAGGGCGGUGGAUGCCAGAGAUGCCAUCGUCUGCAGAAGCAAUGCUAUCCCUCCGACUCCGUGCGCCGCCGCAAGGCCCAGAAUAACACCACCUCCAACGCCCGCAUCGCCCAGCUGGAGUCCAGGCUGGACAGUCUCGCCUCCAUCAUCGGCACCCUCCCUCCGUCGCCCAUCACCACCGCCAUCCAACAGACCCUCCACAGCGACGACCCCCGAGCCUCGCGAGCCCAUCUCGAGCACGUCCUCUCGUCCGCCUCGUCCUCGUCCGUCCCCACCCCCCCCUCCCCCAAGUCUCCCCAAGCCUCCCCCAGACCUCCCGCCCCCAGCAACGGAUGGUCGCAUCCAUCCCCCCCCGAGGUCGCCGCCGCGCUCGCCAUCUUCCGCAGCCAGAUGCUGCGCUUCUGCCCCUUUAUCGAAUUCUCGCCCCACGUGACCGCCCUCCAGCUGCAGCGCGAGCGACCGUUCCUCGUCGAGGCCAUCGUCGCCGUCACCACGCGCUCCAUCGAGGAGAAGCGGACGCGGGCCCGGAAUCUGAAGACGCGCCUGGGGCAGACCAUGGUGGUGGAGAACCGCUCCAGCAUCGACCUGCUGCUCGCCAUCCUGACCUAUGUGGCCUGGGGCGACGACCAGGUCAUCCACCGCUCCUCCACCCUGUCGCGCCUCGUACAGCUGGCCAUGUCCAUCGUUUAUGACACGCGUCUGACCAAGCCCGUCCCGCGCGAGCUGCACAUGCUGACCAGCGUGGGGGUGCAGUCCAUGGGGUACAACGAUGACUGCGAGAGCGCGAUCGAGCGCUCGCUGGAGGUGGAACGCGCCACCCUGGCCUGCUUCCUGAUCAGUUCGUUUGUCGCCUCGUACUUUGCGCAGAUCGAUGCCCUGCGCUGGACCCCGCAGUUGGAGCAGAACCUCUGCAGCGUCGAGGCCAACACCCAGUGUCCGGCGGAUUCCGUGCUGGCGUUUCAGGUCCGCCUGCAGCUCGUCGCGCAGAAGGCGGUCCAGGUCCGCGAUCAGCAUGAGACCGACCUGCCCAUCGCCUUCUGCACCAAGGCCCUGAGCGCGCAGGUCCGGGAUCUGCAGGACAGCAUGCCGCCCCAUCUGCUGACCAAUGGCAAGUACCAUAUCAUCCUCACGCAGCUGCACUACGUAGACCUGAGCAUCCACGAGACCGCCUUCACGGCCAACUCGGACCCUGUGCUGCAGGUCAGUCCCCGGCCCGGCGGCCCGAGCACGGCGCCCGGCUGGGAGCGGCUGGGCUGUCUGUGGCACUCGGUCGAGGCGAUCCGGGCCUGGUUCGAGGUGUUCUACCGGAUCAGCCCGGCGGAGUAUCUGGGCUUCACAAUCAUGAUGUGGUCGCAGCUGAACCGCAGCAUCGUCACCCUGUAUCGGCUGUCCACGCGCGUCGACCCGGCCUGGGACCGCGGCGCGGUGUCCAAGACGAUCGACGUGCUGGAGGUAAUCGAUCGCGUCGGCGACCGGCUGGAGCAGGUGUCCCGCACCGUGGACAACCCCGUGGCGGAUGACAUCUGGCUGCAAAUCGGCCGGCUGGGGCGGGCGGUGCGGGCGUGGGUGCGGAUGCAGAUGGGGCGCGAGGAACCCGCGAGCUGGCCGACCGAGACGACGCUCGGCUCCAGCGAUUCGUUCAUGGGCGACAUCGACGCGACGCUGCUCCAGUCCAUCGACUUUGGGAACGAGAAUUGGCUGGAGACCCUGGUUGGGUGGUCGCCGGGUCGCUUCAGCUAGCGAAGCACCGUGGUCGAUCGGAUGUCACCCUGGACAUAUAGGAGGAGGAUUUGAUUGGCAUGCUGAUGGCUCAGCAAGCUGCUGCUGGAGUGAGAAUAAAGGGGGCGUAGACAGGCAGGUUCGUCGGACUAUUUACAGCCCGCGACCAGCAGGCCAGACGGAGGCCCCUGGAUACUAUACUCCGGCAUCGUGCGUGUGAUCGACGCAUACCUGCAUAUAUAGCUUUCCCCCGACCGGCUUUCAGACUCCGACUCCGAGCGUGGGGCCUAGUUGGCCAUAC